AUGAAAUCCUUUGAAAAGACCACCAGUGUGCAAGCCUCUUAAAACUCACGAGGACAAUUUGGGAAAAUCUUCAAACUGAAGCUACUUGCUGCUUUGGAAUCUGGAAAACAACACAAAAGUCCAUCAACCCGUCCAUGUUGCAGGAUGAGAGCAGAGGAGCUGAUGCCUUGUGUUCUUAUAACUCUGCUGGGGCUGACCCUGAUGGAGUCAACUCAUGGACAACACAUGUCAGAUGAACCCUGCUCCGUCCAGAUCCUCGUCCCAGGACUCAAAGGAGAGCCAGGAGAAAAGGGAGAGAAAGGGGCACCUGGGAGACCAGGAAGAUUGGGUCCACUAGGGGAGAUGGGACAUAAUGGAGUUAAAGGACAUAAGGGUAUUAUAGGACGUUAUGGGAAAAUGGGCCCCUGUGGAAUCAAAGGUUUAAAAGGAGAUAUGGGGGAUCCUGGGCCAAUGGGCCUGAAUGGUGAUCCAGGUGUUCCAUGUGAAUGCACACCCCUGAGGAAGAUGAUUGGUGAGAUGGACAUCCUAGUGGCCCAGUUAUCCAAUGAGAUGAAGUUCAUCAAAACUGCUGUCGCCGGCAUCAAAGAGACCGACAGUAAGGUCUAUCUACUGGUCAAGGAGGAGAAACGCUACACCGAUGCAGAGGUCUAUUGUCAGGGAAGGGGUGGACACUUGGCCAUGCCCAAGGACGAGGGGGCCAACGCAGCCAUCGCUGGGUACAUCACUGAGGCGGGCCUGAGCCGGGUGUACAUUGGCAUCAAUGACAUAGACCGUGAGGGCCAUUUCACCUACGUGGAUCGCUCCCCCAUGAGCACCUUCAGCAAGUGGAGGGAAGGAGAACCCAACAAUGCCUACAGGGACGAGGACUGUGCUGAGAUGAUGGCGGCGGGGGACUGGACAGAUGUGGCCUGCCAUCCCACCAUGUACUUUGUGUGUGAGUUUGACAAGGACAUUGUCUGAGGGGAAUUUUGAGAGUGGUAGUGAGUUGGAAGAGCAAAGGCCUCAUUGGAGCUGCAUGACAGAGAGAGGCUAUAAUUAUAGAGAAGCCUUUUAUAGUUAUACAGAUGAUGUUCAGUAUGAAACAUUAUUUUGACACAGCUGCAUUUGUUUAAUCACCCACCAGUGCUAAAUAUCAUUGUACAGUUUAGAAUAUUGUGUAUAGAAUACUGUGUAUAUAGUUGUGUAAAAACAAGGUUUCUUCUCAGUUCUUCCAGAAUUCUGCUUUUUUGACUUGAAAGUUUGAAUUGAAUGGAUGCUGUUUUUAUAAACCUUUGCAUUGAAUGGCUACAGCAACGUUUAAUAUGGACCAUGCAAACUCAACAAAGUAGUGAGUAACUGUAGAUGCAAAAUGUAUUUACUAUUACCCAAUACACAAACAUGUCUUGUAGUAUGUUCAUAUUGUUGGUCUGUUAUCUUUUUAUAAAAGUAAUUUAUUGGAAAGUGCACUUACAGGAACAAUAGACAAGUUAGCUAUGUAGGUUGGCAUAGAGUAGUUGGGGAUGGGCUUGAAAGUGUUUGUGAGGUCUGUCAGAUGUCUUGACUUCUGCCGUGUGCCUUGACUUCAAUGAUGGUGCAGAGUUCAUGUAGCUGACAUUAUCCAGAUAAUUAAUGGUUUCUGGUAUGUUAUGGGAUAUUCAUCAGCAAAAAACAGAAAGAAAUACGAUUUUGGGACAUAUCAUAAUGUCUGUUUCACCAAUAGGCUUUCAACGACUGAAUGCAGUAUCUAUUCUAAAAUAUGGAAAUGUAUGUCCUUUUAACAGAACAGUGUCCUCAGGGAUGCAGAUGGUGAAAUAUGUGAUUUGGUAUUGCUCAUUUGCCUGUAAUGUACAACAUAAACACUGAUACUAAUAGUAGUUCAUUUAUUUUUCUAUUUACAAGUAAACGCUAUGUAACUGUC